AUGGCAGAGGAAGUGAUGAACAACAAACAGAUCAUUCUAAAACAUUAUGUGGAAGGUUACCCUAAGGAAUCUGAUAUGGAAUUUAAGAAUAAUAACAUUAAAUUGAAUGUUCAAGAAGGUACUAAUGUUGUUGUUUUGAAGAAUCUUUACUUGUCUUGUGACCCUUACAUGCGUUCACGCAUGAGCAAACUUGAGGGUUGCUAUGUUCAAUCCUUCACUCCUGGCUCACCUAUCACAGGAUGUGGAGUGGCUAAAGUUUUGAAGUCUGGUGAUUCAAAUUUUCAAGAAGGGGUAGUGGUGAUUUUGGUGGUGGAGAAGAUAGGUAUGUUCCAUUUGAGGUGGAGAAUGGAUUACCAUGACUCACCACAGCUAGUUUCAAAGAAUGGUGUUGGACAAUUUGCAAAGAUGUUAGGUUGUUGUGUUGUUGGUAGUGCUGGAAAUAAACAAAAGGUUGAUAUGUUGAAGACCAAGUUUGGUUUUGAUGAAGCUUUUAACUAUAAAGAGGAACAUGAUUUAGAUGCAACUUUGAAGAGGUACUUCCCUGAUGGAAUUGACAUAUACUUUGAGAAUGUUGGAGGUAAAAUGCUUGAUGCAGUUCUUGUGAAUAUGAAACUUCAUGGUCGUAUUGCUGUGUGUGGAAUGAUUUCACAAUACAACCUUGACAAGACUGAAGGAGUGCACAACUUGUUUUGCCUCAUCGCGAAACGAAUCCGUAUGGAAGGAUUUCUUGUUUUUGAUUACUAUCAUCUUUAUCCUAAGUAUUUGGAAAUGAUCAUUCCACAAAUAAAGGCUGGUAAUAUUGUGUAUGUGGAAGACAUAGCUGAAGGUUUUGAAAAUGCUCCUAGUGCUCUAGUUGGUCUCUUCUCUGGUCUCAAUGUUGGAAAGCAAGUUGUGAUGAUUUCAUGUGAAUGAAUGGAUUUGGAUCCUUUCCAUUUUCUCUCAAGUUUUUACUUGAAAGGAAAGCUAUUGUGUCAUGGUUUAAAUACUUAAAUACACAAACAUUUCUAUCAUGUAUUUACUAAUUCUCUGUAUGGUUUGAAAUAAUAAGUCAUUAAUUGAUAGUUUCAUACUAGAUUUCAAGUCA